AUGCGGGUAGGUGAGCGACGGAACUAUGUAGUGCUUUCGUACGCCUGGUAUGCCUGCACGGCGCAGACCGAUGACUGUGAGGGUGCGAUGAUGAUGUUACAUCCCCGGCGGAAUGGGUCUGUCUUAGACGCCUUGAGGUCUGUGUUGCACGUGAUGUCUGCCGUCAGUAAAGUGCGUUGUGGAUCGAAGGUCAUUGACGUGGGUGCGACAAAUUCGCUGACUCUCAAGAAGCCGAAGAACGCCAGUCCAAGACUCACGAAGGAAGACACAAUAUUUCCGGAACCUUGUUGGAAUGUGAAAUCAAGAAUUCCAACCCACACAAUCAAUGAAGCUCCCGUAUUCCAGUCAGACAGUUUUGUUCCAAAAUGUGAUGAUAGUGGAUUGUAUUCCCCCAUCCAGUGCCAUGGUUAUGAAUGUUGGUGUGUAACACCUUGCGGCAUUGAAAUUCCUGACACUAGGACAGAUUCCUGGCCAUCAUGUCCCAACGAAAUGAUGACCCCACCAUGCACCCGGCAACUGGACAUUUGGACAGAUUACAUGCCAGAUUGUGAUAAAAAUGGAUAUUACAAACACAAGCAGUGUGUGGGUGAAGAAUGCUGGUGUGUUAACAAAUGUGGUGUUGAAGUUGAAGGUACCCGUAUAAAUGGAAAUCCUAAAUGCAAAGCUGUGUUUUACUUGUCUGAGGAGGAUGAUACGACAGGCAGAACACUCUCCAGAACAAGCUCCAACAUGUGUACAGAUGGAUCCCAACCAGAAAUAUGUGACAACAGUAUUUGUGAUAAGAUGACCUGCCCUGGCUUCCAUGAUGCUAAAUGCAAAGUAAAUCGAUGUAAAGGAUGCACUGUGGAAUUUUUCAUUAAAGAGAAAAAAGUGGUUUGCAGAGAUACCAAGAUUGGAUCAUGCCCAGCUGUGGAACAAGUAAAAUACAUGUUUGGUGAUCGAUGCGACUCUGAAUGUCAAUCUGAUACUGAUUGCCGUGGUGCUCUCAAAUGCUGUAGCAAUAAUUGUGGUACUUUGUGUGUCCCUCCAAAAAUGGAUAAUCAUGGCAGCUGCCCAGUUCCUAUUUCUAUCCAAGACAAGACGUGUUCCAACAAAUGUAACAUUGACAGAGAUUGCUCUCAUUAUGAGAAAUGUUGCACAAAUGGAUGUGGUAAAGUGUGUGUCUCUUCUAAACCUAGAGAGAAGCCAGGUAUGUGUCCAGCAGUUACUAAUUUCCCAGUAACCACAUGUGACAUUGACUGCACCAAUGAUAACGACUGUGUUGGUACAAAGAAAUGCUGUCAGACAACUUGUGGUACUGUCUGUGUUGCAGCUGAAUUUGAAGACACUACCAGUACUUCACGUAAUAUUGAGAAAGUGUGCCCCGCUGUCAGCAGUGACACCUUUGGUACAUGUGUAAAUAACUGUGUUGAAGAUGGCGAGUGUGAGCUUGGUGAGAAAUGUUGCAGUAAUGGUUGUGGUACUCACUGUAUCAAGGCUGUUGAUCCAGCUACUCCUCCUUGUUGGACUGAAAAAGAUCAUGUCCCAACCACCACAUUUGGUGGAGUUUCUUUACCAGUAUAUGGACAUCAUGUUCCUACUUGUGAUUCUGAAGGAUUCCACACACCAAAGCAAUGUAACCCAUCUACUGGUAUUUGCUGGUGUGUUGAUAGGUGUGGCUCUACUAUUGAUGGAACUCAAACAAUGGACGAUUUGACAUGCGAACCCAAAAUGACUCCCUGCCAUGACAAGAAAAAGCAGCUGAGAGGUAGUGCACCAGGUUUACUUGGUAGACAUCGUGUAGAGUGUACUGAAGAGGGAUUAUAUGAAAAACGUCAAUGUCAUGGAUCCACUUGCUGGUGUACUGAUAGAUGUGGAAAUGAGGUAGCAGGUACACGUGGACACAUCACAACUGUGUCUUGUGAAUGCCGCAAGGGAGAACGUGCUUGGAAUUGUGCCAGGAAUCCUUGUGAUGGUGUCACAUGUACUGCUUAUCCAGAAGCUAUUUGCAAACCUAACAUGUGUGAUGGAUGCAAAGCUGAAUUCUGGAUGAAUGAGGAAAAAGUUGACUGUGAAAUCAAAAAGCAAGGUGUGUGUCCUUUGAGCACUGACAUGCCUCUUACAUGUGUAUCCGAAUGUGUUAAGGAUGGUGACUGUUCCGGAACACGUAAAUGUUGUAAUAAUGGAUGUGCAUCUGUCUGUGUCAGUCCACGACCACAAGAGAAACAUGGAAACUGUCCAGCUAUCACCUUGGAUACUAUUGGUUCAUGUACUGUGGAGUGUAUCAAUGAUUACAAUUGUCAUGGAAACAGCAAGUGUUGCUUCAAUGGCUGCGGUAAAACAUGUACGCUGCCAACUACCACAACUAACUCAAGAACGUGUCCAGUGCCUUGGGAAAGCUGCACUGUUAAUGAGAAACGCAACGAAUGUAGACUUGAUGAAGAAUGUACUGCAGAUCGUAAAUGCUGUGAGACUGGAUGUGGAAUGCGCUGUACAACAACAACAACAACAGCACACACUACAAAAACCAUGAAAUAUGGUACGUGUCCAGCACCAUCUUUCUUGAAAUGUGAAUAUGCUAAUGAGUGUAUUACUGAUGCAGAAUGUGUUGAGAAUCACAAAUGUUGCAGCAAUGGAUGUGGCCGUGUGUGUACUCCCCCUAAAACCAUGGAAAAAUAUGGUCGUUGUCCUCACAAUGUAGUGAACUCUGAGACGUGUAACUCUGAGACUAUCAUCAAUCAUGAAUGUUCAGUUGAUGACCAGUGUACUGGUAGUAAGAAAUGCUGCAUGCAGGGAUGUAAUCGUGUCUGUGUUGACGUCUGGAAUACAGUUAAAGUUGGUGAAUGUCCAGCUUGGACAGAUAAUGACUUUGAUACAUGUAUUACUGAAUACCAAUGUAAUACUGAUAAUGACUGUAAUACUGGAAGUAAAUGCUGUAACUCACCUUGUGGUGGUAUGGUAUGCAGAAAUCCUACUUCAACUGAAACUUGUGAAUAUAAUGGUGUGACACAUAUCCAUGGCGACAUAUGGCAACCAGACACCUGCACUACCUGCAAGUGUUUGACUGGUCAGACCAAGUGUACCCAAAUUGCCUGUCCUAAAUUGGAAUACGACUGUGUUCCUACUCCUGUAGAAGGUCAAUGCUGCCCUACACUCAACUGUGAAAAGACAAAGUAUGAAUUUUUGCGAUGUGAAUCUGUAGAUGGCACAAGUCACAUGCAUGGUGAGACCUGGUACCCAGACAGCUGUUCAAAAUGUGAAUGCCAUGAUGGUAAAAUACUGUGUUCAACAUUCACUUGUUCUUCUGAAGUGACUGUCAAUACACCUGGCUGCAAGAUUGUAGAAGUUCCUGAUCGUUGCUGUCCUGAGGUUGUGUGUGAAGACCGUUGCAUCGACCAUGAAGGUCACUAUCGCUAUGAGAAUGACAUAUGGUAUUCUGACAGCUGUACACAAUGUAUGUGUCGUAACAAUGAGGUCACAUGUACUAAAGAGACGUGCCAUAACAUCAAUGACUCAAACUUCCCUGAAGGUUGCCAUUAUGAAGAGGUUAGGGGACAAUGCUGUCCAAAUGUCAUCUGUCCUUCAGAGAUAGAAGAUAGAGAUUCAAGCUGUCAUGAUGAUGGUAAAACAUAUGGACAUGGUAGUGCAUGGAUGCAGUCAUCAUGUAACUAUUGUAUGUGUCGCAAUGGUGAGAUGAUCUGUAGAUCCACAGACUGUCCUCAAUUUGAGAACCCAAUACUUCGUGGAUGUACACAGAUGUAUGUAGAUGGAAAAUGCUGCCCUGAAAUAGUAUGCAACAAAGAACCCACCUGCUCACAUAAUGGUGAGACCCAUUACCAUGGUGAGAGCUGGCAUCCGGAUACUUGCUCCACAUGCACAUGUGACCAAGGAGUGACUAACUGUCUGGUAACCAACUGUCAAGAACCGGGUCCAGGAUGUACUGCCAGAUUUGUAGAAAAUCAAUGCUGUCCUGAAAUCACGUGUCAAACAUACCAUCACGUACCAAUGUGUAACAGCAGUGGCAUAUGGCAUACAAAUGGUGAGACUUGGCUGGAGAGUGACUGUGAUAUAUGUACUUGCCAUAAUGGUUUAACUACAUGUACUUCAAUUGAAUGUCCAAUGCUUACCCAAACACCAGGCUGUCACAUUGUAUACGAAGAAGGACAGUGCUGCCCAGUAAAAAUCUGCCGUGGAACAAAGGACAUGUGUGCCCGUGGGGACAUUAGACACAGUGAUGGUGAGACAUAUUCCAUCCACACCAACACUAACAUUGAAGACCUUCAUACAUGGAAUAGAAAAAUGAUAUCAACAGGUUGUGCUACUUGUACCUGUAUGAAAGGUCGCAUAUCAUGCAUGGAGAACGUCUGUCCUGAAGUACGCCCUGAUUGCCGCGUCGUUGAAAAUGAAAGAGAUAAUGAGUGUGCUUGUCCUACCAUAGUCUGCCCAGAAAAGAAGUCAGGUGUUUGCCCUAUCCCUAACGUCCACAAUGUCCGUACUUGCGACAAUGAGUGUGAUGCUGACACACACUGUACCGAUGACCAUAAAUGCUGCUUUAAUGGAUGUGGAAUGACAUGUACAAAACCAGUUAUUGAAGGCUGCUUUGAUGUCUUUGGUGUGCUGCGUAGCCAUGGUGAUAUUUGGCACAAAUCAGACUGUAGUAUAUGCGAAUGUGUUAACGACCAAUCUAUCUGUACUGAAAGUAAAUGCCCAGAAGUUCCAUCCCACUGCACUGUCAGACCAGUUGAUGGUCAGUGCUGCGGUGAAUUAGUCUGUGAAAAUACAUACCCUGCGACAUCAUGUAGUCAUGGUAACAAGGUAUACCCUGUAGACAGUACAUGGGUGGUUGAUAGCUGUACCACUUGUAGCUGUAUUGAUGGUGUAACAGUGUGUGAUUCCGUAACCUGCCCCACAACCAAUGUACCCGGAUGUAGACCAUCCUAUGUGAAAGGGAAAUGCUGCCCAGAAAAGAUUUGCAAAGAACCUGACAGUUGUGAUGUAAACGGUGAAGUUCACCUGAAUGGAGAGGUCUGGUAUUUGAAUGAAUGCAACAGAUGUCACUGUGUCAAGGGUAAAUACUACUGUACAGAGACUAAAUGCCCAGUACCACAAGAAGGCUGUCAAUAUGAUAUGACACGUACUGUGAAUAAACAAUGCUGCAAGAACAUUACAUGCACUACCUCAAGUUCUGAGAAGACAUGUGAAUACAUGGGUGAAAUGAAAAACUCAGGUGAAGUAUGGAAAAAAGAUUCCUGCACAGUGUGUGAAUGUGAUGAAGGCAAGACAAUGUGCACUGUCAAUACCUGCCCUAAAAUGAGUGUGCGUCCAGGAUGUCAUGCUGUUAAAGUGAAUGGACAAUGCUGCCCUGAGAUAGUCUGUCGUAAUAUGCAUAGCUGUAUGAUUGAUGGUGUAGAACAUCGCAACGGUGAACAGUGGAUGCACGAUAAUUGUACCAUCUGUAGAUGUGAACUUGGACAUAAAUACUGCACAACCAAGACCUGUGCUGAACCUAGCAACUAUUGUGCAUACUCUACUCAAGUAACACCAGGAACUUGCUGUCCUCCUGUACUCUGUCCUUUUGAAACAUCUACUAGAAUGUGCAGAGAAAAUGUUGGAGACGUUAUGAAGAACUUCAAACAUGGUGAAACUUGGAUGCGUGAUUCAUGUAGUCAGUGUACUUGUCAUCAUGGUACUGCACUUUGUCAAGAUCAAACCUGUCCUAUGUCUGUAUCUCCUGGAUGUCGUACUGUACCAGUUGAUGGACAGUGCUGUCCUAACAUUGUGUGUGAUACAGUAAAAAUUGGCCAGUGUCCAGUUGUGAACCCAUUCAUGUCGAAGUCAAUCACUGUCGAUACCUGCAUGUCGGACACGGAUUGCUCUGGCACAACUAAAUGCUGUUCCAAUGGUAUUGCAUUCACUUGUAUGGCCCCCUGGACUGUUGAGAAACCAGGCAUGUGCCCCCAAACCAAUCCACUUACAACACCACUGCGUAAUAUGUGCGUAACAGAGUGUACUAAUGAUAUGGACUGUGUAAAUGAAUGGAAGUGUUGCAGUGAAGGUGGAUGCAGCAUGAUUUGUCGUCCUCCUGUUACCAUGACAAACACAAAGACCAGGAAUUUUGAAAACAUGAAAGAACCAAUGACAAGAAAAGUUUCCAUGCUGACAGGCACAUACAAGUCUGGUGAGUGUCCUAAUAUCUCGCCAUAUGGAUGGAAUUCUGGUGUAUGCGUGUCUCAUUGUACUUUAGAUAUUGACUGCCCUGGUGACAACAAAUGCUGUUCCAAUGGAUGUGGAGCAAUGUGUAUGCCACCUAAGAAUCCUACCAAAUUUGGUAUGUGUCCAUUCAAUCAACCACGUGGUGUCUGUAAACGUGUUAUCAAUACCUGUACUGAAGACUCUGAUUGCAUUGGAAAUAAGAAAUGCUGUAACAAUGGAUGUGGUCUCAAGUGUGUUGUCCCUGAUGUUGACACUACAAUCUGCACAUCAGUACCAGCAACGUGCACUGAGAAGUGCCUUGAAGGUUAUGCCACCAAUGAUAAGGGCUGUGAAAUCUGCAAGUGUAAGAAAACACCUGAGAUGUGUGGAACUGAAGUCAUGUGUGAUCUAUUCUGUCAGUACGGAUUUGCCACAGACAAUAGAGGCUGUGAAAUCUGCAAGUGUAAGGAACCAACAAUGCCAACAAUGAAUAUGAUGUCACCAGAAAUAAGUUCAUUAUUCUGUAAACCAAUCACAAGAGAGACAUGUAGCGUGAAAUGUAACCAUGGAUACAUGACUGAUAGCAUUGGAUGUGAACUCUGUGCCUGCCAAAAACCAGAAACUGAGUGUACACCAUUAACUGCCUGUGCACAGUACUGUCCAUAUGGAUAUGCUACAAAUACUGAUGGAUGCAAAAUGUGUAUGUGCAAACAACCUACAAUCUCCUUCUUACCAACUGGUCUGUGUACACCAUUGACUACAGAAACAUGUGACAAGACAUGUUCAAAUGGAUAUGCCACCAAUGAAAUAGGAUGUGCUGUAUGUAAAUGUAUGAGAGCUGAAAGUGAAUGUGUAAGAAUGGAAAGCUGUAAUAUCAGAUGCCCAUUUGGCUAUGCUACAGACGACACUAGAUGUAAAAUCUGCAAAUGCAAAUUGCCAACUAUGUGUCCUCCAGUUAAUUCUGAGAAUUGCAAUGAGGAAUGCACAUAUGGUUAUAUCACUGACAAGUUUGGAUGUGAAAUCUGUUCCUGUAAAUCCCCUGAGAUGGGAUGCAACGUGGAUGAAUCAACUGAAAUGAUACGCAUGAAAGAAACGUGUGCUUUUGGUCUGUGUACUGAUGCCAAUGGUUGUGAUGAGAACAAAUGUAAGAUGCCAUCUACAUGUACUGCAGUCACUCCCAUGACAUGCAAGCUGAACUGUCUCUAUGGUAUGGCCACUGAUAAAUAUGGAUGUGAGACAUGUAUGUGCAAGAAACCAGUAACCCAGUGCAGUCCUAUCAGCAAUGACAUGUGUACAAACUUCUGUCCAUUUGGUUUAGCUACAGACAGUGUUGGUUGUGAAAUCUGUCGCUGUAAACAACCAAAUAUUAUGAUGCAAAUGACUUCUAUGGAUAAAGCACUAACAAUGCCAACUACACCUCUGUGUAUGCCUGUCACCUGUGAACUUCAGUGUAGGAAUGGUCUUGCCACUGAUAUGCUUGGCUGUGAGACCUGUGCCUGCAAGAAACAAGAUGCUGAAUGUCCAGUUGUACUUGAUAACAUCAAUUGUCCAUUAAAAGAUGUUUGUCCUUAUGAUUUAGCUACUAACAUAAAUGGAUGUGAAAUCUGUCAAUGUAAACAGCCAAUCAACUGUGAACCGAUGAGUGCACUGACGUGUCCUGAGACAUGUGUUAAUGGAUAUGCCACUGAUGAGAGAGGAUGUGAAAUCUGUGAAUGUAAAAAACCAAUCUUGGAAUGCUCUCCUAUGACUCUUAUGACUUGUGCAAAGACAUGUACAUAUGGAUAUGCCACCAAUGAACGCAGAUGUGAAAUAUGCAUGUGCAAACAACCAACAACAACAGCAGUGACUAUAAUGAAUACUCCAGUGUGUGAAGCGGUCAGAUGCCGAAUGUUCUGUCAGGAAGGAUGGGCUACUGAUUCUUAUGGUUGUGAUACAUGCAAGUGUAAAAAAGCUGUUAAUGAAUGCCCAGUUAUCACUGAAGAGAUGUGCCCGAUGAAGAAGCAAUGUCCAAGAGGUCUGGCAACCAAUGAAGAUGGAUGUGAAAUCUGUAAAUGCAAACUGCCAGUGGUGUGUUUACCAAUGGAUGAAUCUGCCUGCACUGAAACAUGUCGUAAUGGAUUUGCUACUGACACUAGUGGAUGUGAAAUCUGCAAAUGCAAGAAGAUUCCAACAGCUGUAUCAAAAAAUCUCAGGAAUAGUGAUCUAGUGUGUCCACCAACAUCAUCUGAAACAUUUGGUAUUUGUUUGACUACAUGCAGUCGUGACUCUGAGUGUGAAUCUGAUGAAAUGUGCUGCAGUAAUGGAUGUGGUCGUAUGUGUACUAAAUCUGUCAGAGCUGAUUCAUUGUGCAAACUUGUAGACAAAGAAACAUGUAAAUUGGACUGUACGCAUGGCUUUGCAACGGACUACGAUGGAUGUGAAAUAUGCAUGUGUAAAUCACUUCCAUACAUUACCUAUAAUGUUAUUAAGAUGACUCCAUCUCCAAUGUGUAGACCUGUUACUAAGGAGACAUGUGCCAAGACCUGUAACCAUGGCUAUGCUACUGAUGACAUGGGAUGUGAGGUCUGUGUUUGCAGAAUACCAGACAUAGAUUGUCCAGUGGUUAAUGAGGUGACCUGUCCCUUGAAGCAUACCUCACCAUAUGGACUUGCUACCGACCACAAUGGUUGUGAUAUCUGUAUGCAAAGACAACCCAUCAUGUGCACUCCAAAUACAUGCUCCACACACUGUGUUGAUGGAUAUGCUACAAACGACAAAGGAUGUGAAAUCUGUGAAUGCAAGAAACCAGCAAUAAUUUGUCAGACUGUCACAACUAAAAAUUGCCCAAACAUGGCAUACUGUCCAAAUGGCCUUGCAACUAACCCAAGCAGAUGUGAAAUAUGCAAAUGCAAGAUGCCAGAAGUGACAACUUUAUUGAGUAUGGAAACAAGCAUGACAUCAAGUAACAAGAAAAUUAUCAGUUACAAACCAGAAACUGUUACGUGCCAAAAAGUAACCCCAUUGUCUUGCCGUAAGACCUGUCACUAUGGUUAUGCAACCGAUACUCAGGGUUGUGAAGUCUGUGAGUGCAAGCAGAAAGUUUCAGACUGUUCAACAGUACAUGAGUCCAGCUGUCCAGAGAAAAACCAUUGUUCAUAUGGAUUGAAAACCAAUGUUGAUGGCUGUGAAAUCUGUGAAUGUAAACAACCAGUUAUGUGUACUCGUUUAUCCAUGAACACUUGUAAACUCACUUGUAAAUAUGGAUACGCUACCGACAUAGACGGGUGUGAAAAAUGUGAAUGUAAAAAAUCACCCAUGGAGUGUACUCCCAUCAAUCCAUUGACAUGCAGGAAGACGUGCCAAUUAGGUUUAGCCACUGACUUGAACAACUGUGAAAUGUGUAAAUGCAAACAACCAACUGUUAUUGUCAAUAUGAAUUCCACCAACCCACUCCAUACUACCAGUUCAGUCAACAAAAUGUUUGGUGUCAUGGCAUCUCAUUGGAUACCAUCCGUGACCUGCUCACCUUUGACCUCAAUGACCUGCACUAAAACAUGUCCAAAUGGAUACACAACAGACACAGUUGGAUGCGAUAUCUGUGAAUGCAGAAAAUCAAAAACUGAGUGCCCAGUGAUGAAACGUGAAGUCUGUCCAUUGGUUGAUCGUUGCGAAUUCGGAUUGAUGACUAACACUGAGGGAUGUAUGAUCUGUAAAUGCAAACAGCCAAGUCUGUGCAACAUAAUGAAUAUGAAAAUGAAGAAGACUGAUUGUAUCUAUGGUUACGCAACUGAUGAAAAUGGAUGUGAAACCAAUGAAUGCAAGAAACCUUUACAUGAAUGUUCUUCCAUGACCUGUGACCUUAAAUGCACACAUGGAUAUGCAACUGACAUGACAAGAUGCAACGUCUGCAAGUGUAAACAACCAAAAACCCCUGUGGAUUUCCUGACAUAUUUCCCUACAACUUACAGUACUCCAAAGAUGCUGCCCACUACCAAUAUGGACAUCCCAUAUAUGCGUAUCUUUGAAGAACUCUGUCAUCCAGUCAACCCUACCACUUGUACUUUGAAAUGUGUUAAUGGAUAUGCUACUGAUAGAACAGGCUGUGAAAUCUGCAAGUGUAAGAAGACAGAAGCUGAAUGCCCCGAGUUAUCUAUCCAUAUUUGUUCUAAAAAGAGUACCUGUUCCUAUGACUUAGCUACCGAUGAGAAUGGCUGUGAAAUUUGUGCCUGCAAAAAACCAGUGACUUGCCCACCAGUGAACCAUUAUACUUGUCCUAAAGUGUGUCACUAUGGUUACGCUACUGACCAUACUGGCUGCUCCAUCUGCCAAUGUGUUAGCACCAGUUCCAAAUGUCCAACUAUCAAUCCAUUUACCUGUCUGAAGACUUGUAAAGAUGGUUAUGCCACAGAUGAGGAAGGCUGUCCAAUUUGUCGCUGCCAUCAACCUAUAAGCAAGAUGGGCACCUCUAUGCAGAUGUUCUUGCAAAAUAAAAUGGAUAAAUGUCCUGAAUUUGAGUGUAAAACAGUCUGUCAAAAUGGAUAUGCUACCAACAGCGAAGGCUGCCAUAUCUGCUCCUGUAAGAAGACCGAACGUGAAUGUGCCCACACUCCCAUGUGUAGCGAACACUGCCCUCUUGGGUUUGAAACAACAGAAGAUGGUUGCUCCACAUGCACAUGCAAGAAACCCAAGAUGUGCACUCCAGUGAAUCCAAAUACAUGCACUAAAGUCUGCCCACGUGGCUAUGCCACAGAUAUACAGGGAUGUGAUGUUUGUCAGUGUAAGAAAUCAGUGACUGAAUGCGCACGAAGCAUGGUAGAUCUGCAAUGCAUGUUGAUUAAUGAAUGCCCAUAUGAUUUAGCAACUGACAUGUAUGGAUGUGAAAUCUGUCAAUGUAAGAUGCCACCACUAGUACCUAAGAAGACUGUUACCUGUUCUCUCAUUACUCCCGAGACCUGCAGUGAAUCAUGUGACAAUGGUUAUGCCACCGAUGACACUGGAUGUGAAAUCUGCAAAUGUGCACGCCCAGAUUAUGAAUGUUCUGUUAUGCGUGAAUCUACCUGCCCAAUAAUGAAUAAAUGCAUGUAUGGAUUGGCGACUGAUAUGCGAGGAUGCAGAAUCUGUAAAUGCAAGAUUCCAGCCGUAUGUCCAAAAAUGACUUGCACUUCACGGUGUGCAACUGGAUUCGCUACUGAUGAUAAUGGAUGUGAAAUAUGUCAAUGUAAGAGAGAAAACACUGACAUGAUCUGUCAAGAAAUCACGUCUGAUAACUGUCCUAAAACAUGUGUACAUGGAUUAGCUACUGAUACCAACAAAUGUGAAACAUGCACUUGUAAAAAACCAUCUAUCACCUAUAUGACUGUUAUUCAUCAAGUAAUGCAGAGGAACAUUCUAGGAAUGUCACCUUACAUGCCAAUGGAAAUGAUGAGUAAAAUUACAACCACACACACACAAUGUCAACAAGUAUCCUGCAAAAUGUACUGCCAGUAUGGUUUCCAGAUUGAUGACAAAACUGGAUGCGAGACUUGUAUUUGCAAGAAAGCUCCCAAGAUAGGAUGUCCAGCUGUCACCUAUGGUACUGUUGGUAUGUGCGCAGAAUUCUGUAAGAAUGACAAUGAAUGUCCACAUGACACACUCUGCUGUUCAAAUGGAUGCGGAAAGUCAUGCACAAAGGCAACAUUUGAGUGUGUUGAUGAACAUGGUAUGUCUCAUUCGGAAGGCAGUCUGUGGAACCGUGAUUCAUGUACUAGAUGUAGCUGUGUUCGUGGUAAUGUCAAAUGUACCACUAUGGAAUGUCAACCAAUUCCUGAAGGAUAUAAACCAGUUUUCACCAGCGGACAAUGCUGUCCAUCAUAUGAAUAUGAAACCACUACCUGUGAAGCAAGAGAAGGACAGAAAUGGAUGGAUGAUAUCUGUACUAACUGUACCUGUGUGGAUGGAAUGGCUCGCUGUGUAGCUCAGAGUUGUCCACAGAUCAAACCAGGUUGUAAUCCAGUCUAUAAACCAGGCCAGUGCUGUCCUGACAUGGAAUGUACUGGAUGUAUGACAGAUACCGGCAAACAUCAUGAAGAAGGUCAGUCUUGGAAUGCUGAUACGUGUACAACAUGUACCUGUGUUAAUGGUAACAGUGUGUGUACCUCAAUGACUUGUCAGAUGCCAGAGCCAGGAUGUACUGUGAUUCCAAAAGAUGGACAGUGUUGUCCUACCAUUGUUUGUAACAAGAAAGGUGAUGUAAAGCCAUGCAUGGCAGCUUGGCAUUCAGUUCCCACGAUGAUGUUAAUGGGAAACCCAGUGCCAGCAAUCGGUGCCUUUGUACCUGUCUGUGAUCUGAAUGGUUAUUUUAAUGCUACGCAGUGCCAUGCACAUACAGGUUAUUGUUGGUGUGUAGAUAGAUUUGGAAAUGAAACACCAGGCACUCGCACUGGUAAUGGUGUACCAGAUUGUGAAACGGACGCAUGUAUGGGUACCAAUGGUGCUAUGUAUCGUGAAGGAGACCAAUGGAUGAACAAUAAAUGUACCAUUUGUACUUGUGUCAAUGGCAUGGCCAAAUGUGAUGAUAUGAAAUGCCCAGCUGUACCUGAGAACUGCUCACCCAUUGAAACUGAUGAUCUCUGUUGUCCACAGUAUGUCUGCAAUGACUAUUGUAUUGAUGUAAAAGGAACACAGCGUAAUACUUUCGAACAAUGGAAUGUCAACUCCUGCACUCAGUGUACAUGUUAUGAUGAAAACAUCAUAUGUCGUAGUCAACAGUGUCCAAAAGAGACUGAAGAUGUACCCGAAGGUUGUUAUAUGAUGCCUGUGGAAGGUCAAUGCUGUUCUACAAAGUUAGUGUGCGGUGAUGUGUGUCCAUAUGAUAAACCUCUUGUGCAAUGUACAGUCAACCCAUGUGACAAUGCUGUAUGUCAUGGAUAUGCUAAUGUCAAAUGCCGUGCAAGCUACUGUGGAGGAUGUACUGCUGAAUUUUAUGAUGACCUCAACAACAAAGUCACAUGUAAAUCAACCGAUGUCUGUCGUUCCGAUAUCGUAAAAACUACCAAAAGAAGAACUGAAAUGAUUCCAAGAUGUACAUUUGAUGGACGAUACUCUCCAAAACAAUGUGAUAACACUGGAGCAUGUUGGUGUGUAGAUCGUACUGGAGAAGAGAUAUCACACACCUAUGACAACACUGGUGACCGAGUCACCUGUGAAGAAGAACCACCCUGUCGAAAGGAACAGCGAAGCAUCCAAGAACAGAUCAACCGUGGCUUGGAAGUCACUACUGAUCCUCAAUGUCGUAGCAAUGGCUGGUAUAAAUCCGAACAAUGUGACCCCAUCUCUAAUGAGUGCUGGUGUAGUGAGAGAGAUGGCACCGAGAUCCCAGGAUCUCGUAAAGCCAUACGCAAAGACCUCAACUGUGGUAAGCUGGCUUUGAAAACAUCAAUGCAAUACAUGGAUAUUUAUCUUGUUUGA